AGCAUAAUUCACUCGAUGCAAAAUAUUUAUACAGAGGCGGACCAACAUCACUUACAACGAAUCCAUUCACGUAAACGAGGGCAACGCUUCGCAGCAACAGCUAAACGUUUAAGUCUGACCAAAGCUUUUAUUCUCGUAAAUAUUUGUGAAGGGGGGGGGGGUUUAUUACUCCGAACAGAACAUCUGUGUGGAAAGAACUUUUGUGAACAUCAUGAACUUUUUCUCUGCGCUCCACUCUGUGCUGCUUAUUUCGUUGUGUGAAAUACUUGGAAAACACCGCACAAACGCGGGCAUGUGUUGGCUGCAGCAGGGUCAGGAACAGCGCUGUGACAUGGUACUCAUGCGUGGAGUGACCAGGGAGGAGUGUUGUGCAGGUGGCCGACUGGACACAGCCUGGUCCAACACCAGCCUGCCCAUCAAUGAAGUCAGCCUACUGGGUUUCCUGGGUAUUGUGUCCUGUAAACCCUGCAAAGAGACGUGUGAAGGGGUGAAGUGUGGCCCGGGGAAGGUGUGCAGGAUGAAGGGUGGACGUCCUCAGUGCGUGUGCUCCCCGGACUGUUCCAACGUCUCCCAGAAGCACGCGGUCUGCGGGAGCGAUGGCAACUCCUACAAAGACGAGUGCGCUCUCCUGCUGGCUCGGUGCAAAGGUCAUCCUGACCUGGAGAUCAUGUACCAGGGAGAGUGCAAAAAGUCGUGCUCCAACGUGGUGUGUCCGGGAACACACACCUGCGUGACGGACCAGACCAACAGUGCCCACUGUGUCAUGUGCCGCACUGCUCUCUGCCCUAUGCCCCUGCUCACCGACCAGACCAUCUGCGGCAAUGACAACAUCACCUAUGCCAGUGCUUGCCAUUUGCGCAGGGCCACCUGUUUUUUCGGACGCUCCAUAGGGGUGCGCCAUUAUGGCCACUGUAGAAGUACAGAAGGCAGUGAGGAGAAUUCACUGUUUUAGGAACACUGUCUGUGUGUAAGACCACUGGGACAUUGUCUGUGUGUAAGACCAGCUUGUUUCCUGUACAUCUAAUGACAGCUCAGUGUAUGUGGGCUGGUCAUAACUUCCAAUGCAGAGUUGCAGUUUUUUAAAUGAACCACUGAUUUAUGUAGAUGCAUGCAGUACAUACUUCAAGAAUGGGUGCCAGCCUCACUAUCUGGUUUUUCUACAAGAAUUGAAGUCAUAGACUGUUGUAUGAUGUGGGCCUGAUAAUGUGCAUAUUGUAAAUACAUGACCAGUAUUAUUUAUUGGAGAAAACUAAUUCUCCAAAAGGUUGUUUAAUUUAUAUUACUUUUGCAUUUGUUUUGCAUGUUUCCAGAAAAGAUUCGAUGUCUUCACAUAGAUAUUUAUUGUUACUGUCAGUUUUCAUGUAAAGAACCAUUAUAGGUCAAUACUGGUUCAUGUGAAAAAGUAGCUCGCAUUCAUAAAUGGCAUUUUCCAGCCUGUUUAAUAUAUACAGUGUAAUUGUGUAAUCACAUAUCAGUGAAAUAACUUUUCAUAUGCAAUUUGAAAUAGACUUGACUUGGGUGAAGAUGAAGAUUUGAAUACAGGCUAAUAAUGGGUUUGUAACAUCAUCUAAAGCUCAAAUGUUGCCAACAGAUUGAAACCACUUCCAUUACACUGUAUACAUGAGCAAGUGUAAGAAUUAGUGCACAGUAGGAUAACUAAUCACUAUUAAAGAGGUAUCACUAUUAAAGAGGUAUCACUAUUAAAGAGGUAUCACUAUUAAAUCUCAGUGUUUUGAGAAAAAUGUCCUCAGAGCAGCUCUACACCCAUCUUCCCCAAACGCGCCUCCUUCGGAAAGCCAAGAGGCCGAAUUCUUCCGGGCUCUGGAGACUGUUCGCGAUAGAGUGGAAGGCCGAACGCAGAGCGUGGGCUGUCGGAGGUGCGGGAUUUUUCAGGCACGGCGCCAGAGCGCCGCAAAUGCUGGCAGGAAACACGAACUGAGCCACCCACCGAGCAACGAACUUACCAGCCACAGUCCAACACCAUCGGUUACAAGCCGUUUCUGUCCAAAUAAUAUCAAGUACGUUCUACUGUUUUAAAGGUUUUGAUAUCAUUAUUGUGUGUGUGCGUUUGUGGGUUACUUGAGUGUGAUGUUUUAGGAAGAGAUGCAUUGUUAAGUUGAUUGAUAUUCAGUGUACCUCUACAUAGUAGCUUAUUGCAUUUUUUGUGAAUAAGUGACAGAACAGUUUGCGUUUCUGUUGUGUAAUCUUUAAACUUUGUACAAGUUAUGUUGAUAGCACAGAUAUUAUAUCCCUGUAAAUAUAUUUCUUGUUUUACAGUACCUGUGUAUCUACUGUGAAAUUUCAUAAUGUAUCAACUUAUUUUUGUAUAUUAAUACGUACAUUUAUCUCUGAUUAAAACAAAGAUUUGUUGA